GAUUCUCCUCCCACUGCUCGCAAACACAUCCGCGCUCCCGUUUAUCAUCAGCGGCUAGGCUCACAUCAACAAUGACUGUCUCCGCCGACCUGAGGGAUAAACACGCUAAUACUUCAAUGAAUAUGAUGAAAAUGUGUUUCCAUUAACUUGUUAACUAAGCUACAGAGCAACACCCAAGAGCACACGGCAGACUCUGGCACUGGUAAGCUCACCUUUUCUUGUCGAGCCUGUUUGGUAGGCUGGUUUGGACGCUAGCUAGUCAUAGACUCAGCUAGCCUAGGCCUCGAUCUUUGUAUUAAAUCAAGCAUGGUCUUGGCGGACAGACCGCAGUCCGUCCCUCAUUGUAUUGGUCCACGUUGUUUCCCUCAUGCCUCAUGUCCGAAAAUAAAACGCCUCUGACGAGAUUUUUGACCCAGAAGAAAGCAAAUGUUGUAGCAACUGGGUUAGCUUGUAAUGUCAACUUCCGCAAAAACCUGCAUUAAACUACAGGAUAUUGUGCAGCAUAUAAACGUGUUGAAUAGUCUUCGUGGGAUGCAUGUCCACUCGGGGGAAAUUCUUUGCAGGAAUUUCGCCGUGCACGUGCUUUGAAUGGCAAUAUCAACAAAAGGUUGUAAAGACGUAUUUGUUUAUGUUUUCAUGCAUCACGCCUUUAGUUACAGCCGUGUAAAGUGUGUAGUUUAGUUGACAUUUACUGUUCUCUGGUUACCUGUGUUGAUACAUAGAUCCUCAGCAGGUAAGGUUUUAUGGCACAUAUGUUGGAUGUCACAGAUCAGCUCUCCAUUUCUGAGAUGUUCCUUUUUUCCAUUAGGAUAUAGGCUAGGACUCAUAAAACAAGGCAGAAAGCUCAGAGAAGUGAGCCGUGGGUGUGUCUGCAAUGGCCGGUGGAAGGAGAGGGGCGAACCGCACUACCUACUGCAGACCUCCACUGAGCAGUGAGCCAGGAUCGGUCAGCAAUGGAAACCACUCAACCAGCUCUCCGGUCACAGGAGUGCGAUCUCGUACAAGGUUGGUCUCCCCCCUCAUCUACACACUCUCACGUGGGUUUGUCCAACUUAGAUGUAUAUUAACAUUAUCAAUAUGCGACAUGAUGUUGUUGUUUUACAGGAAUGGCUCUGGAACAUGCAUGUCCAGCCCCCCUCUGGCUGCACAAACAGUGGUUCCUCUGAAGCACUGUAAGAUCCCUGACUUAUCCAUGGAUCGUAAUGUGCUGUUUGAGCUGCACCUGUUCUGCUGCCACCUCAUCGCCCUGUUUGUCCAUUAUGUCAACAUCUACAAGACUGUGUGGUGGUACCCCCCGUCACACCCCCCCUCACACACAUCACUGGUGAGUUCAUCAAUUGGUUAUUAUAUAUAAAAUAUGAUAUUGUAACAUGAUUCACUACUGCAUCUCCUUUGCUUUCUUAAUUGCAUAUCUAACAGCACAUGCUUGCCCAUUAAUGUUGACAAAUCAAAAUUUUUGAAGCAGCAAUCCUGAUACAGCUUUAUUAUUUACAGAACUUUCACCUCAUUGAUUAUAACAUGCUGGUGUUCACAAUCAUCAUACUGGCGAGGAGGUUAAUAGCAGCGAUUGUUAAAGAGGUAAGAAUGUAUUUGUGGCUUAUAAUUUCAGAAUUAAGCUUUAGAAUAUGGUGGAUUAUGGUCAUUUUCUCAGAAUUUGAUGAAUGUGUUCAAAUAUAAGCAGGAUUUAUGCUGAAAGUAAUAUGUUGGCUCCAUAAAGUAUUAUAUAACCCUGGUAGUACCUCAGUACACGUAGCUCUUUUACUGUGUUUUGUUUCUAAAAUGAAUCCUUUGUUUUUCUGUGUGGAGCUCAGCUGCUGUUAAAAAUCACUUAAAAUGACUUUUGGGGACUUUUUGUUCCCUCCUCCUUCCCCCAGGCAUCACAGAGUGGGAAACUAUCAUUUCCUCAUUCGAUUUUCCUUGUGAUGGCUCGGUUUGCUGUGCUAACGCUGACAGGCUGGAGUCUGUGUCGCUCCCUCAUUUACCUCUUCAGGACAUACUCUGUCCUCAGCCUGCUCUUCCUCUGCUACCCGUGAGUAUUCUAGGAGAUCAGAGUCGUCCACACACAAGCAUUUCACUCAGAAGCUUUAGCGCAAUAGCAGAUUUCUGAGUCCCCUCAAAUGUGUUAGAUCCUUUGCUAGUCUCAGAUUUACUCACAACAGUUCACAUGUUUCAUACACUGUGCACAGUAAGAUCCAAAGUCCCAGUCAUUAAUUUCAAAUGUUUGUUUUACAUUUGUACUGAUGACCUGCAGUUGAUACAAUACUUUGACAAUUUCAUAACUUCAUGCAGGUUAAAUAUUGUGUUUGAAUCUCUCACAAGGAACAUAAAUACAACCUUCAAGCUGGUGUUGAUGCAGGGACUGUUGUGCCUGUUUUUCCUUUUGUUUUAACUUUUGCAGAUUUGGGAUGUAUAUUCCAUUCUUCCGGCUGAGCUGUGACUUCCGGCGGGUAGGUCCUCUUUCUCCCAUUGCCAGCAUCGGCUCCAAAGAGGUGGGCAGCGUGGGUCGGGGCCGGGACUACUUGACUGUGCUGAAAGAGACGUGGAAACAGCACACCAGUCAGCUGUACGGCAUCCAGGCCAUGCCGACUCACGCCUGCUGCCUCUCCCCAGACCUCAUCCGUAAGGAGGUAGAAUACCUCAAGAUGGACUUCAACUGGAGGAUGAAGGAGGUGCUGGUCAGCUCGAUGCUCAGCGCUUAUUACGUGGCCUUUGUGCCUGUUUGGUUUGUCAAGGUAGAGAACUGUCAAAUAUAGAUGCAUCAUUGUCAACGCUAAUGCUUUCCCUAUGCCUCCGGAAGUCUAACUUCAUUUUGCUUGUUCUCCCCUUUAGAGCACACAGUAUGUAGACAAGCGGUGGUCUUGUGAGCUUUUCAUCUUGGUGUCUGUCAGUACUUCAGUCAUCCUCAUGAGACACUUGUUACCACCACGAUACUGUGACCUGCUUCACAAAGCUGCAGCUCACCUGGGCUGCUGGCAGAAAGUAGACCCUUCACUCUGCUCAAAUGUUCUCCAGCACACGUAUGUUCCGCUGCAGUUUAUUAGUGCAGUCUGAAUUUUGUUUGUUCUCAAAUGAGCUCAAUGUUGACCUCAAUUUGCUAUCUUUCAAUGCCCAGAUGGACUGAAGAGUACAUGUGGCCACAGGGAGUCUUGGUCAAACAUAAUAAGAACGUCUACAAGGCUAUGGGUCACUACAAUGUGGCAGUUCCAUCAGACGUCUCUCAUUAUCGCUUUUAUGUAAGUACCUAAACUUUUCUGUUAAAUUUUCAGAACAUGGAUAGAAGUAGGCUCUAUUUGUAAAACGGGAAAAAAAAGGUGCUUCUCCAUUAACUGUGUGUUUUCUCUCCUCCUCUUUCAGUUCUUUUUCAACAAGCCUUUACGAAUAUUGAACAUACUCAUUAUCCUGGAGGGGGCCAUGAUAUUUUACCAGCUCUACUCGCUAAUAUGCUCUGAAAAGUGGCACCAGACAAUAUCUCUGGCUCUGAUUCUUUUCAGCAACUAUUAUGCCUUCUUCAAGCUGCUCAGAGACAGAAUAGUCCUCGGAAAGGCAUACUCGUACUCAAACAGCUCAUCGGACCAGAAAGUCAGUUAGACUUAAGUUAUUAUUGAUCAUAUUCACUUUGGAAUGACACAAACAUGCGAAAGAGCUUGGUAUUUUUUCUACAAACUGCAUUUUGUGUUGUAUUUGUUCUGAUCUGCCAUAAUAAAAAGAAAUAUUUUUGUAUGACUAUAAAGGUU